CUGCAAAGUUCCCUUUUAGCCUGCAAUGUCGCCUAUAUUGGCAGCGUUGACUGUGAAUCACUGACUGGCAGCGAAUGUGUGCGAAGAGCUGUAGCUCGAACUGUUGAAGAUACACAACGAGGACUAUCUCGACCUGUUUCCGUACAUUUCAAGGUCUCCUCACAAGGUGUUACGCUUACUGAUAAUACUAGAAAAGUGUUCUUCCGUCGUCAUUUCCCCGUCAAUACUGUGAUAUUCGCCGGUAUGGAUCCUGCUGAUCGAAAGUUCGAUAACUACUGCGUUAUUGGAUUCCAUGACUCAUGCGUCAGGAAUGCUCGGUUGUUCGCAAUUGUUGCAAGAAAGCCAUCCUCUAUGGAAAAUGCGUGCCAUGUAUUUGCCGAAUUCGAACCGGAACAGCCCGCGUCGGCUGUGGUGAACUUCAUCAACAAAGUUUUAUUUGCCAAUAGGAGAUCAUGACC